CGGUAAAAUUUAAAUUAUUUGAAAGUCGACGGUUACAUACCUCGUUUGGUCGGUUCGUCCACUUUUUACUUUUUCUUAUUUCUCCAUUUUGUUUACAUGGCUGAAUUCAGUACACCAACGAAAGUAAAAUGCAAAACGGAUAAUUCCGAAUUAAAUACUCCUAUAAAAAUACCAGCGUCGCCUUUCUUGCAACAAAUAGGCUAUGGCACUGGAGUCGCUGUAUAUAUGUUGGAAAGAUCGCCAAAAGUAGGGCUAGCACGUUCCCCUUGGGCAGUAAAGAAAUGGCUAAAGGGAAAGAACAAUGACGAAAACAAUGGACGUCUCCGAUUAGAAGCAGAUGUUCUACGACGAUUGAAUCAUCCCAACAUCGUCGGUUUCAGAGCUUUUACCACAGGAGUAGAUGGAAAAGUUUGCUUGGCUAUGGAAGCAUUGGAUAUGUCACUUGGUGACAAGAUAGAGGAAAGACAUGAUCUUUUAGAAAAUGAACCAUUCCCAGCAAAGGAUAUUUGGAAAGUUGGUUUUGAAGUUGCAAAAGGAUUGAAAUAUCUACAUCACACAGCAUAUAUAUUACAUGGAGAUAUAAAAAGUUGGAAUGUUUUGGUGUCCCAUGAUUUCAAUGUAGUCAAAUUGUGCGACUUUGGAAAUGCUUUACCAUUGACAGAAUCUCUAGAAAUAGAUAUGUCAAAAGGCAACUUUUCUUAUGUUGGAACAGAAUGCUGGAAUCCUCCUGAAAUUAUACUUGAAGAUGGACCAGUAACAAAUGCUGCUGACAUUUGGACAUAUGGCCUUACUCUUUGGGAAAUGAUAUCUUUGUCAGCACCUCACGUUGAAGACCUUGAUGAAAGUGAAUCUUUUAAUGAUUCAGUUACAGACACAGACUUGACAAAUAAUCAACUUGAUGAUUCUAAACUUAAUAUGGAUGAAAGUGUUAUUUUCCUCAAAGAAAUUAUGCCACGUGCAUGUAAUAAAUAUGGUACACGUCCAGCUUUACCUGCAAUUCAUUUGGACAAAGAAUAUGAAAAGAUACUUGAAAUAUUUUUCAUAUGUACUACAGCCAAUUAUAAAUUAAGACCGAGCGCGAAAGCACUUGUAAAUUAUUUCGAAAAAUGCAGAUGUGUCUGCUGAAUCAGCCACGGCAUGCGUGCAUAGCGGUACCGCGCUUUAUAGCUUACGAAUGCAAAUUCCAUCAAUUGUGCAUCGAUCCCAAGUGGGACAACAAAAGGUCAGUUAUUUUCGUUUUGCAAAAGUGCGGGAUAUCGAGUUCAAUUAAUUCACCGGAAAAUGGUCGAAAAAUAAUCAGUAGUAAAUGGCGCGUGAUACUCUCACCGGAUGAUAUUUAAACUUGAUCGAUUAUUAAGUACAGCAAAUUUGAUCGAUGCUUUACAUUACAAAAUCGCUUCAAUUAAUGUUUGUUUAUAACGUUUGUUGAUAACAUGAUUUUUCCAGCGCGCGAUCAUCUAAGAUAUAUAAUUUAUCAGAGACUGUCGACGACCUAGCGGUGUCAUUCACCCUCGGCAGUAUUGUUCAUUUUUAGACGAUCAAUAAUCGCGGGUAGAAAAUUUGUAGAUGUUACCAUCUAUAGAAGUUUCUUUUAAUUUUUCUACA